AUGCGGUUCACAAGCGCCUCCUUCCUCGGCCUCCUUGUCGUGGCUGCACCAUUGGGCACCAUCGCGGACAAUGCGCUUCCCACGGAUAUCUCGUCAGCCUGCGCCUUACUCGCCAACCUUACACCUGAGCAGUUCGCGACCACCUUGGCGGAUCUAGAGAACAAAGCAAAAACAGAUAUUACCCGAGACCAGGCCCAGGUUGACAAAGCCUUGGCACAAAUCGAAUCACUCCCUGCUGGCAACCUGCAGGCUGAGGUUGACAAAGUAUGCGCUUCGCAGGCUAAAGCUGUGAAGAUCGGCCGUAGCCGUAUCUCUCGUCGACAAAUCGGUGGAGCUCUGGACGCCUUAUCUGGUAGUCUUCCUGGAGGCCUCGGGAACACGGUGAAGGGUGGUGAUGACUCCCCGAAUGGCGGCGCCCUGGAUGGCUUGCUUGGUAGCGUGGGUACGAAGAAGGGCCGCAGCGAAAAUACCCGUCGACAAGACGUUGGCGACCUCGGGUCCAAGAUUGAGGGUUUUACCCAGACUCUCGGGAGCUUGGCCGGAGGUGUUUCGGGUGAGACGACCAAACGACAUUCUUCGAGGCAAGAGGAUGAGGGCCUUUUCGGUGGCAUCCUUAUCCCGGGCAUUCUAUAA